AUGCUCAGUUUCGGGGGUCAUUCCAAUUUGGACAUUCAAACAAGCUUGAAAAAGGCAUGCACUGCCGACUCGGCUGCUCCGAAAAGAAAACAUGUUAGAGCCUGCAUCGUGUAUACUUGGGAUCAUAAGUCGUCUCGGGAGUUUUGGCAUUGUCUUAAGUUAUUACCAAUUCAGUCAAACGAUACUCAAAUUUUCAAGACACUGAUAGUCAUUCACAAGGUCCUGCAAGAAGGUCACCCUACUUGCCUGAUAGGAGGGUACAAAAACAUCAAUUGGCUUGAAAGUCUCGGGCGAUUCUCCAACAAUGAUACGACUGCGGGUCACACAAAAUUAAUCAGGGAAUACGUUUUCUACCUAGAGCAGAAGCUGAGAUUUCAUCACGAUCAUCGAGGUUUCAACGGAAUGUUUGAGUAUGAAGAGUAUGUCUCAUUGAGAACUGUUAGUGACCCCAAUGAAGGGUUUGAGUCCAUUAUGGAUCUACUAUCUUUGCAAGAUUCUUUGGAUAACUUGCAGAGGGUCAUAUUUUCUUUUAUACGCCAUACUUCGGAUAUAUCAGAGUACGUUAUCAGUUCAUUGGUUCCGAUCAUCGCAGAAUCAUACGGAAUUUACAAGUUUUUGAUUUCAAUGUUAAGAGCUCUAUACAGGUCUUCAGAAUCGGAUGAAGUGAUAGCUCCUUUGAAAGAUCGAUUUGAUGCUCAACACCACCGUUUAUUUGAAUUUUAUGCUGAUUGCUCUUCCAUCAAAAUCCAAUGCACCGCGUUCUAG